AUGCUUCCCGACCUCCUUGGGACCAUGCGACAUGGAGUUCGUCAUCAACGGAAUGGUCAAAGAGUUGCAGGCUGCUCUCUUUCCCGGAGCUUCCUGACGAAUCAAUGCCUGCAAGGCCGCUUUGGGAUCCUGAAACGCGACAUCGAUUCUACGCUGUCGCUGACAUCGAGUUUCGGCAGAUACAGAGAGACCAAGGAUGCCCUGCAAGACGUGCACUCGGCCAUAGACGGAAUAACUCAAGAGGCGAGGUGGCCAACGGAGUGCCAGGUGAUCCUGGAGAGGAUACGCCACAUAGAGUACGUUCCAGCAUCACCGGAGCCGUAUUACGUGCCGACCGGGAAGGAGCCUCAACCGAAAGCGGUCGGUGACGAAUUUGGCUCCAUCGUGUUCCACUACUGCCCUCUAAGCGUUACAAAUUACUUCAGCAGGUCCUGCAUCGGCGGGACCGUGGUCGUGAUGCCGGACCAGGUGUCGAGUCUGUCGACCGUGCAGGUGGUCCCCCAGGUGGAGAACCCUCCCCCGGGCAGCGACCUGCUCUUCGAGUCGAGAUUCGAGUCGGGGAACCUGGGGAAGGUGAUCAAGAUCACGGACACCUACUACCAGCUGCACCUCCGCCGGGACCUGUACACCCAGCGGCACAUGCAGUGGUACUACUUCAGGAUAUCGAACACCAGAAGUAGGACGAUCUACAGGCUGUCGAUCGUCAACUUCUGCAAGGAGGACAGCCUCUACAACGAGGGUCUGAAACCCUUGCUGUACUCGACCAAGGACGCCUCCAUAAAUUCGGUCGGUUGGAGGAGGUGCGGCGACAACAUCACCUACUACAGGAACGACUCGUCGGACGAGGAGAAGGAGAAACACACGUUGACGUUCAACGUCUCCUUCCCUCAUGACCAGGACACGGUGUACCUGGCGCAUUGUUACCCGUACACCUAUACUGACCUCCAGGAAUACCUUGGCACGAUCGUGAGCGACCCGGUGAAGACAAAGUUCACGAAACUUCGAUUGCUCUGCCGCACUCUGGCGGGUAAUAACGUCUAUUAUCUGACGAUUACCGCGCCGAUGUUGAACGACGAAGCCAAAAAGAAGAAAGGCGUCGUUAUCACGGCGAGGGUUCACCCAGGAGAGACUCCUUCUAGCUGGAUGAUGAAGGGGAUCAUCGACUUCCUGACAGGGGACUCCAACCAAGCGAGGGAACUGAGAGAAAGGUUCAUCUUCAAGCUGGUGCCAAUGCUGAACCCUGACGGCGUGAUCGUUGGCAACAAUAGAUGCUCAUUAUCAGGGAAAGAUUUAAACCGACAAUACCGAACUGUCAUGAGGGAGAGUUAUCCUUCGGUCUGGCACACGAAACUCAUGAUCCGCAGAUUAAUGGAGGAGUGUGGCAUGGCGAUUUACUGCGACCUCCACGCGCACUCCAGGAAGCACAACGUUUUCAUCUAUGGCUGCGAGAGCAAGAGACCUGGGUGCUACGGAAAGCUGACCGAACAAGUGUUUCCACUGAUGCUUCACAAGAAUGCUGCGGAUAAGUUCUCCUUCGAAAGCUGCAAGUUCCACAUAGAGAAGGGUAAGGAGGGCACCGGUAGGGUGGUGGUUUGGUUGAUGGGUGUGCCGAACAGCUACACCAUGGAGGCCUCCUUGGGUGGAUCGACUUUAGGCUCCAGGACAGGAACACAUUUCUCCACCCAGGAUUACGAACAGAUUGGCAAGGCCUUCUGCGAGACUCUCCUGGACUUCUCCGAUGAGGAUCCUGUCAAGGAGAGGCUGCGGAACAAAAUCAUUGCAAGACUUGUUCAAGAAGGGUCCAGUGCGGAUGAGCCUACUAACAUCAAUUUAACUGAUUAUUCCAGUGACGAAGGCGAUACGUCAGAUAGUACUUCGGAGAACGAAUCGAAAUUGAUGGACACCGUAGAGACUAUAGAGCGAAUGGAAAUAGAAGACACUCGAUACCUCUGCAUACCUGCACCUUUAUAUUCUCCAAAGGUCCGAAGUAUCAACAAGUCAAGAAAAACGAGGAAAAAAUCGGCUCAACUAUCAAAGACAUACUCGACAAACAGGGCAGCAAUAGAUUUACCUAUCACAGAUCCUGGAAGUGACUUAUACGAUCUCACCGAUUCAGCUGACGAUAAUUACACACAAUCACCUGUCAAAACAAACCGAAAGGAAAAGAACAAACGAUCUCGAAGGAGACUUAGGGAAAAGUCAAAUCGUUUGGAGAAGGAAGAAGACUCUAAAAAAGAUUUUGGUGAAUCUUCCUCCUUGCCAUUGUUGGUUAGACCGCGAAGCUUAUCGCUCGGAGAAGAAUUACUAGUCGAUCAAAAGCAACCUUCCAAGGCCAAGCAGUAUUCCCAUUCUAAUCGACUUCCAAGAACUCAUUCAAAUUUAUCCUCGGUGCCGUUGAAAAGUCAAGAAAUGCAAAUUAAACUGACUGCAUUAAGACAACAGAUCUGGACUGGAAAGAUGUACAAUGCCUCGGAUGGAGAUGACUUCAAAUCUCCAUUUGUUCAAAAUCUUAUGAGCUGGGGUAUUGCCGACUUAGCAUUAUCGUACCAAACUGAUGUUGAAAUGAACAGAACAAUGAAGAAAGCAACAUUAGAAAAAGUAGAAAAGAAAACAAAAAAGAAAUGCUCAAAGAAGCAACUGAAAGUCAGCAGCAUCUCUCCGGGUGACGAAGCACCUGAAGACGAAGAAAAAAAAACAUUAAAGAAGAAACGAGCUAGAUUCAAGCGUCAAAAAACCAUCAAUGUCAAUAUUAAUACACCAGAGUUUAAUCCUGCCUUAUCUAGGCCAGAUAAGAUAGACUCUUUUAAAUUAUUUGGAAUAGGUAAGCUACCAAAGGUAGAUUCAAAACAAAAAAUCGAUCCAAAAAGAAAAUGCCGCAAAACGGGCACCUCAACGGUUUUGAUUACCGAUGCUCCGAAAGCAAAGCCAAAGCCAGCCGAGACUCUCGUUGACAGUUCCAGCUCUGACGACGUGGUGACAGGAACACGUCCCAAACUCACCAGGAAGAAAAAAAAACCUAUCGGUGGGAAGAAACGGGCAUCGAGCGCCGGUCUCAUAAUUUCUAGCAUUAAGGAAGAAUCCAAGUAAACCUUUCAGGUCCACCAGGCUGCCACUAACUCGCACUGCCAUCUAGAGCGUUUAAAAUAUUCGUACCUCAAUUAAACAGCUAGUAAUAUAUAACAUAAAAUGUUACACAACUACUUCUCGAGUAUUGACGCCUCGCGGUUAUGUGUAAACCGCAUUCCAACCGCAUUGAGAGAAAACUUACUAGAGUACAUUAGACACCUCU